AUGCAGAGUGGGGGGAAGAAGAGAGAGGGGGACGAGGGCAGAGAGAGAUUGGUAAUCAACAGCGGCUUGGACGGAAGCUAAAUUAAUUACGGGUCUCCAUAAAUUCAAUGUCAUGUCUCAUUUUUCCUAAUCCCCUCCCCUUUUCCCCUUCCCUACUGGUGCUUGCGGAGAGGCUGGAGAGAGGCUGGGUAGAGGCUGGAGCACACUAAUGAAAAGGCCUCUUAGAUGCUAAUCACAAAUUAUCCUCCGUGUCACUUUUGGAAGCUGCUAGCUACUGCAGUCAGUCUCCUCAGUGGGAAGGGAGUAGCUCAGACUGACUGCAGGUUAGCCUCUUAGAAUUACAUAUAGUACACCUAGCCUCUUAGAAUUGCAUAUACAGUGCCUUCAGAAAGUAUUCAUACCACUUGACUUAUUCCACAUUUUGUUGUGUUACAGCCUGAAUUCAAAAUUGAUGAAAAAUAUAUCUACACACAUAAUGACAAAGUGAAAAAUGUUUUUAGAAAUGUUUGCUAAUUUAUUGAAAAUGAAAUACUGUAUCUCAUUUAUAUGUAUUCACACCCCUGAGUCAAUACUCUGUAGAAGCACCUUUGGCGGCGAUUACAGUUUUGAGUCAUCUUGGGUAUGUCUGUAUCAGCUUUGCACAUCUGGAUUUGGGGAUUUUCUCCCAUUCUUCCUUGCAGAUUUUCUCAAGCUCUGUUAAGUUAGAUGGGGAGCGGCGGUGAACAGCAAUCUUCAAGUCUUUCUACAGAUUUUCAAUGAGAUUCAAGUCUGGGCUUUAGCUGGGCCACUCAAGGACUUUCACAUUCUUGUUCUGAAGCCAUUCCAGCAUUGCUUUGGCUGUAUGCUUGGGGUCAUUGUCCUGUUGGAAUGUAAAUCUUCGCCCCAGUCUUAGGUCGUUUGUACUCUGAAGCAAGUUCUCAUCAAGGAUUUGCUUGUAUUUGGCUCCAUUCAUUGUUACCUCUAUCCUUACCAGUCUCCCAGUCCCUGUCACUGAAAAGCAUCCACAUUGCAUGAUGCUGCCACCACCAUGCUUCACGGUAGGGAUGGUGUUAGACGGGUGAUGAGCUGUGCCUGGUGUUCUCCAGACACAGCGCUUUGCAUUCAGCCCAAAUAGUAACAUUUUGGUCUCAUCAGACCACAGAAUAUUUUGCCUUAUGCUUGGUCUUUCACGUGCCUUUUUGCAAACUCCAGGCGUGCUGUCAUGUGACUUUUUCUCAGGAGUGGCUUCCGUCUGGCCUCUCUCCCAUAAAGCCCAGAUUGGUGAAGUGCUGUAGAAACUGUUGUCCUUCUGGCAGGUUCUCCCAUCUCAGCAAAGGAACUCUGUAGUUCUGUCAGAAUGGUCAUUGGGUUCUUGGUCACCUCCCUGACCAAGGUCCUUCUUGCUCAGUUUGGUCGGACCAGCUCUAGGCAGAGUCUGGGUAGUUCCAUAUUUUUCUUCCAUUUCCCAAUGAUGGAGACCACUGUGCUCUUGGAAACUUUCAACACUCUAGAAAUUGUUUUAUACCCUUCCCCAGAUAUAUGCCUCAUCACAUUUCUAUCUCGGAGAUCUACAGACAGUUCUUUGGACUUCAUGAUAUAGGUUCUGCUCUGACAUGCACUGUCAACUGUGGGACUUAUAUAGACAGGUGUGUUUCUUUCUAAAUCAUGGCCAAACAAUUGAAUUGGACACAGGUGGACUCCAAUCAAGUAAAUAUUGAGGAUGAUCAAAGGAAAUUGGAUGCUCCUGAGCUCAAUUUGGAGUGUCAUAGCAAAACGGUGUGAAUAUCUAUGUAAAUGAGACAUUUCUGUAUUUCUUUUUCAAAUAAAUUUGCAAACAUUUAUGGGGUAUUGUGUGUAGUUGGGUGAGAAAAAAAUAAUAUUUAAUCAAUUUUGAAUUCAGGCUAUAACACAACAAAAUGUGUAAUAAAUCAAUGGGUAUGAAUACUUUCUGAAGGCACUGUAUUACACAUAGCCUCUUAAAAAUUUUGCAAAUCAACUUGAUUGGAGGUACACAGCAUACUCCCCGCCUCUUGUCAUGAGCCGUUACCGAGAACCACAUACCGGAGUUUUUACAGUGUUAUUAGCAAUUGAGUUUUCUGAGUAUUUUCCAUUAGACUUAAAAUAUGUCGGAUUGACUAAGUUUGUAGGUGCAAUAGUUUUUAUUAAAAUGUCUAAUUUAGCGGGCACAUUUACGUCCAUUAAGAUCCAAUGAUGUGCCAAUCCCUCAUCCAUAGUUAGAACAGGCAAUAUCUGCUCUGAUCCAUUGAGAAUCACUAGAAGCAGCAGACAAGGCGAUCCAAUUUCGGCUUUGCUAUUCUUAUUAUCCAUGGAACCCCUGGCCCAGGCAAUUCAUCAAUCGAAGGAAAUAACACUAGUUUCUCUCAAAUCUACUGAUCACUUCAUCUCAUUAUACGCAGACAAUAUUUUACUAUAUCUAGACAAUGUAUCUCUAUUGCUCCCAAACGCAUUGAAGGUCAUAGAUAAAUUAAUCGUAUAAAUUAAAGUUAUAAAAUGAAUCUAACCAAAUCAGCCCUACUGCUGCUCAAGACCCCGAUGGAGGACUGCAUCUCUACUUAUGGAAUCACAAUCGUUUCCCAUUUUAAAUAUUUGGGAGUAGAUAUAUUUCCUUCCUUUGAUAAAACCAUUGCCAGAAACUUUAACAGAAUGCUCAAAUCAAUUCAAUCCGACCACAGUACAUGGAAUAAUAUCCCAGUUCCUUUAACUGGCAGAAUAUCUAUUGUCAAAAUGUAUAUACAGUGAGGGGAAAAAAGUAUUUGAUCCCCUGCUGAUUUUGUACGUUUGCCCACUGACAAAGAAAUGAUCAGUCUAUAAUUUUAAUGGUAGGUUUAUUUGAACAGUGAGAGACAGAAUAACAACAACAAAAAUCCAGAAAAACGCAUGUCAAACAUUUUAUAAAUUGAUUUGCAUUUGAAUGAGGGAAAUAAGUAUUUGACCCUCUCUCAAUCAGAAAGAUUUCUGGUUCCCAGGUGUCUUUUAUACAGGUAACGAGCUGAGAUUAGGAGCACACUCUUAAAGGGAGUGCUCCUAAUAUCAGCUUGUGACCUGUAUAAAAGACACCUGUCCACAGAAGCAAUCAAUCGAUCAGAUUCCAAACUCUCCACCAUGGCCAAGACUAAAGACCUCUCCAAGGAUGUCAGGGACAAGAUUGUAGACCUACACAAGGCUGGCAUGGGCUAUAAGACCAUCGCCAAGCAGCUUGGUGAGAAGGUGACAAAUGGAAGAAACACAAAAGACCUGUCAAUAUCCCUCGGCCUGAGGCUCCAUGCAAGAUCUCACCUCGUGGAGUUGCAAUGAUCAUGAGAACGGUGAGGAAUCAGCCCAGAACUACACGGGAGGAUCUUGUCAAUGAUCUCAAGGCAGCUGGGACCAUAGUCACCAAGAAAACAAUUGGUAACACACUACGCCGUUAAAGACUGAAAUCCUGCAGCGACGCAAGGUCCCCCUGCUCAAGAAUGCACAUAUACAGGGCCGUCUGAAGUUUGCCAAUGAACAUCUGAAUGAUUCAGAUGAGAACUGGGUGAAAGUGUUGUGGUCAGAUGAGACCAAAAUCGAGCUCUUUGGCAUCAACUCAACUCGUCGUGUUUGGAGGAGGAAUGCUGCCUAUGACCCCAAGAACACCAUCCCCACCGUCAAACAUGGAGGUGGAUACAUUAUGCUUUGGGGGUGUUUUUCUGCUAAGGGGACAGGACAACUUCACCGCAUCAAAGGGUGAGAACCUCCUUCCCUCAGCCAGGGCAUUGAAAAUGGGUUGUGGAUGGGUAUUCCAGCAUGACAAUGACCCAAAACACACGACCAAGGCAACAAAGGAGUGGCUCAAGAAGAAGCACAUUAAGGUCCUGGAGUGGCCUAGCCAGUCUCCAGACCUUAAUCCCAUAGAAAAUCUGUGGAGGGAGCUGAAGGUUCGAGUUGCCAAACGUCAGCCUCGAAACCUUAAUGACUUGGAGAAGAUCUGCAAAGAGGAGUGGGACAAAAUCCCUCCUGAGAUGUGUGCAAACCUGGUAGCCAACUACAAGAAACGUCUGACCUCUGUGAUUGCCAACAAGGGUUUUGCCACCAAGUACUAAGUCAUGUUUUGCAGAGGGGUCAAAUACUUAUUUCCCUCAUUAAAAUGCAAAUCAAUUUAUAACAUUUUUGACAUGCGUUUUUCUGGGUUUUUUUGUUGUUAUUCUGUCUCUCACUGUUCAAAUAAACCUACCAUUAAAAUUAUAGACUGAUCAUGUCUUUGUCAGUGGGCAAACAAAUACUAUAAUCAAAUACUUUUUUCCCUCACUGUAUUGCCAUGGCUGAAUUUCUGUAGUUCAAUGUUUCCCAUGGCUCUCCCUUCUGGCUAUUGGGAUGAAAUUCAUUGUGCAGUUUCAAAAUGUAUAUGGAAAUGUAAACAAUUGUAGAUAAAAAUUUACAAAUUUACGAAGAGGGAAAGAUGUAGGAGGACUAUCCAUACCAAACUUUAAAUUGUAUUUCCAGGCAAUAGCAUUUCGCCCCAUCCUAAAUCUCUAUGUUAGUCCUGUACAACCGCGAUCCUUCUGCAUGGUGCUGAAAUUCAUACUUUUAAUAAAAACUUUUAUUGAAAACAACCAAACUUUUUUCUCAUUUGUGUUGCUCAACUCAGCGUGAAUGCACUUGUUCCAAUUGGAUCUCAGCUUGUGUAGUAUGUCAAGGCCAGGACUUCUCCAGUUGAGCAACACAAAUUAGGAAAAAGUCGGUAGUUGCAUUUAAUAUUUUCUAAAAUUAAAAGUAUGAAGUUCAGAUACAGACAGACAGUGUCACUUUUGGAAUCUGCUAGUUGGCCUGUUCUCCCUGUCAAACAACAGAUUAGCCUGGUCUCCCAGUCAGAACCUCAGACAGUCCCAGUAGAGGGGCUUUGGGGAGGGAGAGGAAACUGUCAUCCUGGAUGUUGGGUUUAGUACAAAAUGGCUGGAUAUGUAUUAUGUUGGACGAGGGUUGGGUUGUAUUGUGUAGUGUUGUAUUACUGAAAUCUGUAUUAUGGCCUAGUCUGGGCUGUUGGAAGGGGAACACUUCCAAACAUUGUACAGUUUCAGAAUCAGAUAUGGCUGUGGCCACAUGCUCUGUGCCUUUCACUGGUGUUAAAUCACACUUCAACCACCAUGUGACUGACUGGCAAACUCCAGGCGUGCUGUCAUGUGACUUUUUCUCAGGAGUGGCUUCCGUCUGGCCUCUCUCCCAUAAAGCCCAGAUUGGUGAAGUGCUGUAGAAACUGUUGUCCUUCUGGCAGGUUCUCCCAUCUCAGCAAAGGAACUCUGUAGUUCUGUCAGAAUGGUCAUUGGGUUCUUGGUCACCUCCCUGACCAAGGUCCUUCUUGCUCAGUUUGGUCGGACCAGCUCUAGGCAGAGUCUGGGUAGUUCCAUAUUUUUCUUCCAUUUCCCAAUGAUGGAGACCACUGUGCUCUUGGAAACUUUCAACACUCUAGAAAUUGUUUUAUACCCUUCCCCAGAUAUAUGCCUCAUCACAUUUCUAUCUCGGAGAUCUACAGACAGUUCUUUGGACUUCAUGAUAUAGGUUCUGCUCUGACAUGCACUGUCAACUGUGGGACUUAUAUAGACAGGUGUGUUUCUUUCUAAAUCAUGGCCAAACAAUUGAAUUGGACACAGGUGGACUCCAAUCAAGUAAAUAUUGAGGAUGAUCAAAGGAAAUUGGAUGCUCCUGAGCUCAAUUUGGAGUGUCAUAGCAAAACGGUGUGAAUAUCUAUGUAAAUGAGACAUUUCUGUAUUUCUUUUUCAAAUAAAUUUGCAAACAUUUAUGGGGUAUUGUGUGUAGUUGGGUGAGAAAAAAAUAAUAUUUAAUCAAUUUUGAAUUCAGGCUAUAACACAACAAAAUGUGUAAUAAAUCAAUGGGUAUGAAUACUUUCUGAAGGCACUGUAUUACACAUAGCCUCUUAAAAAUUUUGCAAAUCAACUUGAUUGGAGGUACACAGCAUACUCCCCGCCUCUUGUCAUGAGCCGUUACCGAGAACCACAUACCGGAGUUUUUACAGUGUUAUUAGCAAUUGAGUUUUCUGAGUAUUUUCCAUUAGACUUAAAAUAUGUCGGAUUGACUAAGUUUGUAGGUGCAAUAGUUUUUAUUAAAAUGUCUAAUUUAGCGGGCACAUUUACGUCCAUUAAGAUCCAAUGAUGUGCCAAUCCCUCAUCCAUAGUUAGAACAGGCAAUAUCUGCUCUGAUCCAUUGAGAAUCACUAGAAGCAGCAGACAAGGCGAUCCAAUUUCGGCUUUGCUAUUCUUAUUAUCCAUGGAACCCCUGGCCCAGGCAAUUCAUCAAUCGAAGGAAAUAACACUAGUUUCUCUCAAAUCUACUGAUCACUUCAUCUCAUUAUACGCAGACAAUAUUUUACUAUAUCUAGACAAUGUAUCUCUAUUGCUCCCAAACGCAUUGAAGGUCAUAGAUAAAUUAAUCGUAUAAAUUAAAGUUAUAAAAUGAAUCUAACCAAAUCAGCCCUACUGCUGCUCAAGACCCCGAUGGAGGACUGCAUCUCUACUUAUGGAAUCACAAUCGUUUCCCAUUUUAAAUAUUUGGGAGUAGAUAUAUUUCCUUCCUUUGAUAAAACAAUUGCCAGAAACUUUAACAGAAUGCUCAAAUCAAUUCAAUCCGACCUCAGUACAUGGAAUAAUAUCCCAGUUCCUUUAACUGGCAGAAUAUCUAUUGUCAAAAUGUAUAUACAGUGAGGGGAAAAAAGUAUUUGAUCCCCUGCUGAUUUUGUACGUUUGCCCACUGACAAAGAAAUGAUCAGUCUAUAAUUUUAAUGGUAGGUUUAUUUGAACAGUGAGAGACAGAAUAACAACAACAAAAAUCCAGAAAAACGCAUGUCAAACAUUUUAUAAAUUGAUUUGCAUUUGAAUGAGGGAAAUAAGUAUUUGACCCUCUCUCAAUCAGAAAGAUUUCUGGUUCCCAGGUGUCUUUUAUACAGGUAACGAGCUGAGAUUAGGAGCACACUCUUAAAGGGAGUGCUCCUAAUAUCAGCUUGUGACCUGUAUAAAAGACACCUGUCCACAGAAGCAAUCAAUCGAUCAGAUUCCAAACUCUCCACCAUGGCCAAGACUAAAGACCUCUCCAAGGAUGUCAGGGACAAGAUUGUAGACCUACACAAGGCUGGCAUGGGCUAUAAGACCAUCGCCAAGCAGCUUGGUGAGAAGGUGACAAAUGGAAGAAACACAAAAGACCUGUCAAUAUCCCUCGGCCUGAGGCUCCAUGCAAGAUCUCACCUCGUGGAGUUGCAAUGAUCAUGAGAACGGUGAGGAAUCAGCCCAGAACUACACGGGAGGAUCUUGUCAAUGAUCUCAAGGCAGCUGGGACCAUAGUCACCAAGAAAACAAUUGGUAACACACUACGCCGUUAAAGACUGAAAUCCUGCAGCGACGCAAGGUCCCCCUGCUCAAGAAUGCACAUAUACAGGGCCGUCUGAAGUUUGCCAAUGAACAUCUGAAUGAUUCAGAUGAGAACUGGGUGAAAGUGUUGUGGUCAGAUGAGACCAAAAUCGAGCUCUUUGGCAUCAACUCAACUCGUCGUGUUUGGAGGAGGAAUGCUGCCUAUGACCCCAAGAACACCAUCCCCACCGUCAAACAUGGAGGUGGAUACAUUAUGCUUUGGGGGUGUUUUUCUGCUAAGGGGACAGGACAACUUCACCGCAUCAAAGGGUGAGAACCUCCUUCCCUCAGCCAGGGCAUUGAAAAUGGGUUGUGGAUGGGUAUUCCAGCAUGACAAUGACCCAAAACACACGACCAAGGCAACAAAGGAGUGGCUCAAGAAGAAGCACAUUAAGGUCCUGGAGUGGCCUAGCCAGUCUCCAGACCUUAAUCCCAUAGAAAAUCUGUGGAGGGAGCUGAAGGUUCGAGUUGCCAAACGUCAGCCUCGAAACCUUAAUGACUUGGAGAAGAUCUGCAAAGAGGAGUGGGACAAAAUCCCUCCUGAGAUGUGUGCAAACCUGGUAGCCAACUACAAGAAACGUCUGACCUCUGUGAUUGCCAACAAGGGUUUUGCCACCAAGUACUAAGUCAUGUUUUGCAGAGGGGUCAAAUACUUAUUUCCCUCAUUAAAAUGCAAAUCAAUUUAUAACAUUUUUGACAUGCGUUUUUCUGGGUUUUUUUGUUGUUAUUCUGUCUCUCACUGUUCAAAUAAACCUACCAUUAAAAUUAUAGACUGAUCAUGUCUUUGUCAGUGGGCAAACAAAUACUAUAAUCAAAUACUUUUUUCCCUCACUGUAUUGCCAUGGCUGAAUUUCUGUAGUUCAAUGUUUCCCAUGGCUCUCCCUUCUGGCUAUUGGGAUGAAAUUCAUUGUGCAGUUUCAAAAUGUAUAUGGAAAUGUAAACAAUUGUAGAUAAAAAUUUACAAAUUUACGAAGAGGGAAAGAUGUAGGAGGACUAUCCAUACCAAACUUUAAAUUGUAUUUCCAGGCAAUAGCAUUUCGCCCCAUCCUAAAUCUCUAUGUUAGUCCUGUACAACCGCGAUCCUUCUGCAUGGUGCUGAAAUUCAUACUUUUAAUAAAAACUUUUAUUGAAAACAACCAAACUUUUUUCUCAUUUGUGUUGCUCAACUCAGCGUGAAUGCACUUGUUCCAAUUGGAUCUCAGCUUGUGUAGUAUGUCAAGGCCAGGACUUCUCCAGUUGAGCAACACAAAUUAGGAAAAAGUCGGUAGUUGCAUUUAAUAUUUUCUAAAAUUAAAAGUAUGAAGUUCAGAUACAGACAGACAGUGUCACUUUUGGAAUCUGCUAGUUGGCCUGUUCUCCCUGUCAAACAACAGAUUAGCCUGGUCUCCCAGUCAGAACCUCAGACAGUCCCAGUAGAGGGGCUUUGGGGAGGGAGAGGAAACUGUCAUCCUGGAUGUUGGGUUUAGUACAAAAUGGCUGGAUAUGUAUUAUGUUGGACGAGGGUUGGGUUGUAUUGUGUAGUGUUGUAUUACUGAAAUCUGUAUUAUGGCCUAGUCUGGGCUGUUGGAAGGGGAACACUUCCAAACAUUGUACAGUUUCAGAAUCAGAUAUGGCUGUGGCCACAUGCUCUGUGCCUUUCACUGGUGUUAAAUCACACUUCAACCACCAUGUGACUGACUGGCUAUCUAGGAGCAGUGGGAACAAACUGGUGGAAGAGAAGGAAUUCUACUCGAGGGCUCCACACUAUUGAAAGGCCCAGAUGUCGACAAAUAGGCCAUGGCAGAUUCAGGGUGGUAGUACACGUACUGUAUGUCAUUAUAACAAUACUGUGAAAAAUAGCAUGGAGUGUCUGGAUUAUUUAUGUAUCCUUUUAUGAUGCUACAAAGUAACUCCAUUAUGUAGGCUAGCUCUCUCUCCCUCUCUAAGCUCUUUCAACAGAAUCUAAGAGAAAUCCCUUUACUCCACACUUGUGUGCAGACGAUUCCCAAUGCAAACAAAAACUUAACAAUUUGUGUGAAUAAAAACAAUGUUAUGCUCUUGAGAAAUGCAACCGACGAGUGUGUACUGUAUCAUGUUCAUUUAUGUAAAAUGUAUAAUCCAAUUAGCAAGUACAGGAAACACAGUGAUCGCUCUAUUAUGGGAAUACAAAGGAGAGUGGUGCCAUGUACUCUGAAAAUUGCUCAUGUGGAAAAAAAUGCAAAUGGAUUUUAAUGAGUGUGUCUGGUAAUGUGUUUGUUUGCAGCCCCAUGCUGUGAGGCUAGACUGCAGUACUGACCUCUCUCUCUCUCUUUCUCUAGGCAUACUUCCGACAGGGUGUUGCCCUUCAGUACCUUGGUCGCCAUGCCGACGCGUUGGCCGCCUUCGCGUCAGGGCUGGCCCAAGACCCCAAGAGCCUGCAGCUACUGGUGGGCAUGGUGGAGGCGGCCAUGAAGUCCCCACUACGAGGUAACACUUCUGUCUUACUAUCGCUCUCUUUUUUCCUCUCUGUCUUUCGAACAGUCUAAAUGUCGCUAAUCUUCAUCCUUGUCAGUCAAUUAAUGUGUCAGUGUGACUCUAGCUGUCUGUCAGAGUGACUACUGUAUGUCUUUACACCUGUAUUCUGUAUAUACUGUAUAUAUUUUACUGUAUAUCUGUAUUCACUUGGCAGACUGUUAAGAAGUCCCCGACUGACAGGACUGUCUCACCUACUCAAACUUAUCCAACAAUGCAGCUUGUCUGCCCUUGUUAAAGCCUAUUUUCCAUAGCCAAGUGGAUGUAUAAGUAGCUUAAUAUCCAGGCUUUUCAGUAAACUCUGUGACUUCCCUGCUCCAUGACGUGUGAGAGAGAUCAGAGAGAGUGGAUCUACAUGGCGGUGUUCUGUUCUGUUCAGAGAGGAGUCAUUGUGUUUUAGGCUGCAUGGAGCGCCUCUGUCAAUCCUUGUUAGCAAAAGGCUGUAUUUGAAUACAUGGAAAAAACAAGCACAGAGUGAAAACCCCAUCUGAGGUACAUUGAUUACAUAAACCUGUCACUGGAAGCCUAACAGCAAAAGGGCUUGAGAGUGGGCCCAACACUAAACACUGUGGACCUGGCUGGGCCUCUCUCUCAGUAGAAUAGGAAAAGCUCUUGGCCUAGGCUUUUUAAUCUCUUAAUUGUUUACCACGUUUCCCAUGGUACCAGGGAGGGAAGCAGCUAGCGACGGAGGGAGGGAGCCAGUCCAAAGUUUGUUAGGGGGGAUAGGUCGUGGGAUUAAGACCAAUGAUCCUCUCAGAGGGGCUCCUGGCAUAGGGGGAAGAUAAUCAGCGUUACGCCAGCAAACAGGGAGGAUAAUCAGUGUUGCGCAGCCAAAACUCUGUGAUAAGGAAAAGGUAGGAAAGCGUUGCUUUCUCUCGCUGAAGUCGAAGAUGGCGUGUUGCUGCCAGCCCGUCUUAUCGGCCGUGUAACACACCCCUCCCAGGAUUACCUGGGGAUUACCAAACCCACUCAUUUAAUUUUCCCCUCGCUUGAAGUUUGGUGUCGCCAGGGUCUUACUAAACUUUUCCCCCAGCCAGUUAAAUACAGAGUUGAAGUGUAAUGAAUAAAAUCGCUCUCCAUAUUGAUGAUACACAUCCAACUAGUGGUAGUCAAGUAGCUACUUGUUUUAAGGACAACACAUUUUUUUACAUGUUUAGUUUUUAUUCUGUCAUUGGGCAUAGCGAGACCGAUAAAGGUGUGCUCAUUCAAACAGUGAACAAAGAACACAAAUAAUGAAAGCAAGAAAACAUAUUCAAGGCCUUUGUCUUCAAGGAGACAAAAACUUUGUAUAUAAUUCCCCUGAAGCGCACUUUAUCACCACUGUUUGUAUGUACUCAACUUUAGCAUAACAAUAUUAAAUUCCCACAUUCUCACUGUGGCUUUGCCAAACACUUUCCCCCACACCACUCAACACAGACCUUAGUUUUCUCUCUCUCCUCCUCGCAUAGAUGUGAAAGAUUUUCUAUGAGUCCGGACUUCUACUCUACUGUACGCCUUUGUGUUUCCCACAACAAAGAGCUUUCAAAGGAGGGGAAACUGCUCUCAGAACCUUCUCUAUCUCUGGCUCUCUUCUCUGCCGCCUAUGAUCAUUAUGUCAGCUUCGAACUCCUCAGAUAUCAAGGUUUUGAUGCAUCUUUUUUUCCUACGGUGAAUAUCGUUGAGUGAAAUUAAAUGUGGGAAAUCAGGCCCAAUCAGUAGUCAGUGUUGAGAGUAAAUGGGCUUGGUUCUGUUCUGUUUGUCCGAUGAACUUGGGCCGCAGGUAGCCUAGCGUUUAGAGUGUUGGGCCAGUAACCGAAAGGUCGCUAGUUCGAAUCCCGAGCUGACAAGGUUAAACAUCUGUUGAUGUGUGUUUGAGCAAGGCACUUAACCCUAAUUGCUCCAGGGUCGCGUUGAUAAUGUCAGACCCUGGCCGUGACCCCACUCUCCGAGGGUGUCUCAGGGUGAGUUGGGACAUGCAAAAAACACAUUUCCAAUUCACACAAUUAUUAUUAUUAGUUCUCUGACUGAACUCUCAGGGUUGGAGGAGAAACAAUGUCACCAUAAUGAUGAUCAUGAUGAUGAAAAAAGAUAGUACUUUUAGUAUGUAUGGAGAUGCAGACAAACAUACGUAGGAUACUAGAGGACUUUAGCCCCCUCAGCAGUCAGCUCUCUGCCUCUUCACAGUCACAGACCCACAGAAGAGAAUGGCUCGUGAAAUGGGAAGGUGAAGUCAUAGUUGUAUUUAAAAGCAGGGGAAAACGGAUUGGUAAUAAUAAUACAUGGGACUUUUCAAUUAAACUAUACCGAGAUAUCAAAACAAGACAACGCCAGACUAACAGCAGGAAGAAACAAAAACAUGAAACAAAGAGAAGGGGAGGGGCUUAAAGAAGGGGAAGGAAUGUGAUGUGUCAGUGUAUGAGUGAGCGAGCAGGUGUUGUGCGCGUGUGUGUGUGUAUGUGUGAGAGAGAGAGAGAGCGUGUGUGGGAGAGAGUGUGUGUGGGGAGGGGCUUAGAGGUAGGCCAAGGUGAAGAGGUGGGACUUUAGGAGGGACUGAAAGAUGGUGAUGUAUUCAGAGUCACGGAUGGCUGGAGGGAGGGAGUUCCAGAGCCUUGGAGCAUCCCUGGAGAAGGCCCUGUCGCUGAAGCUCUGGAGCUUUGACUUGGGAGAGAGAGAGAAUAAGAGCGUGACAGAGAGAGAGAGAAAGAAAGACAGAGAGAUAGCAUAGCAGCAAACAGAGGGUUCUUAUUCAACUUUUCAGCAUGGCUUCCCAGGCAGUGUGUAUGUGUGUGUGUUUUAUAUGUGAAUGUGUGUGUGUUGCUGCUCAUCCUCCUGGUGUGUGUGAGACAGUGCAGUGCUGUCACUGACAUUGCCUUAACUAGCUGUUUAUGUAUCAACCAGCCAUGACACUUUUAACUGUUGUCUCAAUGUUUGAUUUAUGACACGACUGUGUGUCACUUUGAAUACAAUUACCAGCUAUGAAUGGAUAUGAUAUGCACACAGUGUCUCUGCUAGUGCUACAUUCUGACAACCGCUGGAACACAAGUGAUGGUCUUGAAAGAGCAUCAUCAAUUAUAUUUUUGAAUGCUUGUGUGGAGACUGUAGACGUGUGUCAUAUUGUGUGUGUGUGUGGUGAAUAUUAGUUUCUAUGUAGGUGGAUUGGUACUACCACCAGGCUAUUCAGAUAGUGUUAAUGUGUAUUUUGUUGUUUGUAAGUGUUUGUCUGAACCAAUGAGUGUCAUGGUCUUUAAGGGCAUUACUGAUACAGUAGCAGGCAUACAGUACAUCUGACUGCAGGCAUGAUCUGCCUUGUACAGGUACAUUAUUACAGAAAUAUCUCUGUGGGGGAGGAGUUGACCUAAUUAACUGCAACUCUGCUAAAAAUAUUUGCAGAAGGGGCACAAGUAUAUUUCAUAUUCCCCUUUCAUGUUCACACACUUGCACUCACAUACACAAUACACACACUCACACAUACAGUACACACACGCAGGCAGGCACGCGCACACAUACAUACGCACACAGGAUGUCACCCCUGUCCCGUCCCCCUCCCUGUCAGCCUCCCAGUCUGCUGCCUGGCUGUCUGGCAGGCUGACUGACGGGCUGGCUGGGUAAUGUCAGUAAUCUGGAGGGGCUGUGGAUCCCAAACCUUGCGUGGCCCACCAUUGAUUUAUGUCAUUGUGUGUAUUUUCAGCCUUCCCAAAGGUCACCUUGUGUCUCCUCUCCGCUCUGCAUUCCUCUGCCUCUCUCCCCUGUGUGUUACCAGCAGCAUGUUCACCAUCACUCUUAACAUUCACCGGCCCUCAAAACCCACUCAGGCUUUUCUCUUCUCUCUCAAACUGCAAUAUCAAAUGAAAAAAAUCAAAAGAACAUAUAAGUAUAAUUUCACUGUGCUGCUUUGCAGUAGAGCUGUCAGAGUAUGUGUAAACACUUUUUAUAUAGUGGUCUUUGAAAUUGCCCUAGAUUAAAUUGCCCAUAAUAGUGGUACCUGUGAAUGGUGUAUUCAUUUGCUUGUCUUGUUGUCAGUGAAAUCCAUGAUGUAAAGCAAUCACUCAGACAAGCUCAGCUCAUUUAGCCAACAAAAGACACACUGAUUGCUCUCCCUGAAACUAGAUGUAGGGCUGUGACGGUCAUGGAAUUUUGGAUGACGGUUAUUGGUCAGCCAAAUGACUGCAGUCACGUUAAAAUCGUUUGAUAUAUUAAAAGAAACACAAUUUCUUCUCUCCUCCGCUCCUGACUGCAUGUGCUUCUGCUGCAGGGAGGGGGUGUUGCCUAGGCAACCAAAGACUUGUUUGCUACAACACGUGCUUGUUUCAGCAAGGAGCAACAAAGUUCCAUCACAUUGUAAAGAGUCCAUGUUACCGCUGAAACUGACUCAACCGCACGAAUGCCCAGCCGUCCUGUCUUCAGUCAGCUGUUCGUUACACACCAAAGAAAAAUAUAUAUUGUGACAAUCCUCUUCAAGGUUAGGAGAGUUUGUACACAAAUUCAGCGGGAGACCGUCACCAAAAUCACCCCAGAGAGAGUUAUUUCAAACAGGACAGUAUCUGUACGUUAGUUUCUCCAUCCUGGUCCGCCCAGGUCGCAGGCGUGGUCGAGGAUAGCAGUGUUCGAUACAUGAAUCAGGUUCUCGGUAGGUCCAGGUCCAACAGCCAACAGGUAAGUCCAAACAGUCCAGGUCAUACACGGUAAAUCCAGCCGAUAUAUAUUGUCACUUUUCGAUUUUUCCGUGGUUCACAGAUCCACAGCCCCUUGUUCUCACUCUCUCUUCCUGGUUUGUCAUGACCCCUUAUAUGUGGGUCGGCCCCACCUUGCGAGCGUUCCCCUUGCUUCUGGGGAUUGUAGUUUUUGGCGGUCUGCCAUUUUGUGAUCUGUAGUUCUUGUCGGGGUGGCCAUUUUAGUGAGAGGGAAGUGCCCGUUUAUUAGUUCUGCCCUCACAUAUCUGCCAUUUAACACUGCCCCCUUCUUUGCCACACAUCUCCCCCCUAACUUCGACCCCCUAGGUUGGGCUACCGCAGCAAUAUAGGCGUGCAUGCCAUGCAGGAUAACCCAUCCACAUUUCCCAUUUCCUUCCCAGCUCUGUGUUUUAAGUCAAAGUGAAACGGUUGGAGACUCAAAAACCACCGCAUCACCCGAGCGUUCUUCUCUUUAGCCCUAUGCAUCCAGGUGAGUGGGGCAUGGUCACUGAUGAGGGUGAAGUGGCGCCCUAGCAGGUAAUAUUUCAGGCUUUCUAGAGCCCACUUUUCUGCAAGUGCCUCUUUCUCAACGACUGAGUAGUUGGCCUCCCGUGGUUCCAGCUUCCUGCUUAAAAACAGGAUGGGGUGUUCCACCCCUUCUACCUCUUGGGAGAGCACGGCUCCCAACCCGACCUCUGAGGCAUCCGUUUGAACCACGAACUUGCGCUCAAAGUCUGGUACCACCAUCACUGGAUUACAGCAGAGAGCCUCCUGUAAUGUUCUAAAUGCUUUGGUGGCCUUUUCAUCCCAUUUUACCAUGUUUGGCCCUCUGGCUCUAGUCAUGUCGGUAGGUGGGGCGGCCACUGUGGCAUAAUAUGGGAUGAACUUCCGAUAGUAAACUGUCAACCCUAGGACUUCUUAUUUACUGGUUUCAGCCAUCCUCUAAUUGCCUCAACCUUCUUAAGUUGGGGUUUGAUUAUCCCUCUUCCCACGGUGUAUCCCAGAUACUCGGUUUCCUCUAACCCCACAUAACACUUGGCAGGGUUCGCUGUGAGCCCUGCCUUCCUAAGGGCGUUUAGCACUGCCUGUACCCGGGGUAAGUGGGAUUCCCAAUCUGGGCUGUAGAUCCCCACGUCAUCUAAAUAGGCUGCAGCGUAAGCUCUGUGCGGUUUUAGGACCUGGUCCAUUAGCCGUUGAAAGGUGGCUGGGGCCCUGUGUAAGCCGAUUGGCAUGACAGUGUAUGGAAACAAACCGUCAGGCGUUGCGAAGGCUGUCUUUUCUUUGGCUCUGGGGGUCAGGGGAAUUUGCCAGUAACCUUUGGCUAGGUCCAAGGUCGUAAUGUACCGAGCUUUACCAAUUUUCUCCAAUAGUUCAUCUACUCGGGGCAUGGGGUAGGCAUCAAACUUCGAGAUUUCAUUUACCUUCCGGAAAUCAUUACAAUACCACAAAGACCCAUCGGGCUUGGAGACCAUCACAAUUGGGCUAGACCACUCACUAUGUGACUCUUCGACCACUCCAGCUGCCAAAAUUUUCUCAGUCUACGCUCAAAACGCCGCUCGUCAAGCCUUGGGUACCCAAUAUGGCCUCAUGCUCACUUUUCUCCCUGGUAGGGAAACAAUAUCAUGAGCCGUAACCUCAGUUCGUCCUGGUAUCGAUGAAAAUACAUCUCUGUUUUUCUGGAUCAGGGUAUUUACUUCCUGUACUUGUGCUGGGGACAGAGUAGGUGAAAAAUGUACUUUGGCUGCCUCCUUAGUGGUUGUUGGGUAAGUGACAAUUAGUGUUUCUCUCUCUCUCCAUGCUUUUAACAGGUUAAUGUGAUAGAUCUGUUCCGGGGGCCGACGACCUGGCUGUCGGAUCCGAUAAUUAACUUCUCCUAUUUUCUUCAGCACUUUAUAUGGUCCCUUCCAUGUGGCUAGUAGUUUACACUCUACCGUGGGGACCAGCACUAACACCUUAUCUCCCGGUUGAAAUUCCCUCAGGGUAGCCUGCCAGUUAUAAGUGUGGCGCUGGUGCUCUUGUGACUGUGGCUAUCCUGUCUUGCAUUGACGUGCUCUAUAACUCUAGUAUAAGGGGUGGCCUGGCGCUCCCAGGUUUCCCGGCGAUGUCUAAGAUUCCCCGGGGGUGCCUCCCAUAUACUAGCUCAAAGGGUGAAAACCCCAGCGAGGCUUGGGGAACCUCUCUAAUGGCAAACAUCAGAUAUGGCAACAUGAAAUCCCAGUUUUUCCCAUCCUUAUCGAUUACCUUCCUGAGCAUUGACUUCAGGGUGCAGUUGAAUCUCUCAACCAGCCCGUACGUAUGAGGAUGGUAAACCGAUGUCCUCAACUGUUUCACCUCCCACUACUUACAAAGGUCCGCCAUAAGGCGGGACAUAAAGGGGGUCCCCUGGUCAGUAAGGAUCUCCUUUGGAAUCCCUACCAUGGUGAACAGGAGCACUAACUCCUUGGCAAUAUUUUUGGAAGCCAUCGUCCGGAAUGGCUUCUGGGUAGCGAGUGGCAUAAUCUAGGAUGACCAGAAUAUAUUGGUGCCCUCUUGGCAGAUUUGGGUAGUGGGCCCACUAUAUCCAUCACUAUCCUCUCAAAUGGCGUUUCGAUAAUGGGGAGUUGCACUAAUGGGCUUCUAACAGCUGGUCGAAUCAGGUCUUUAUGGUCGAAUUGCUGCAAAGAAACAUUUUUUUUUACAUGUACAUUUACAAACCACUAGUAAAGGACACCAAUAAUAAGAAGAGACCUGCUUGGGCCAAGAAACAAGAGCAAUGGACAUUAGAUCAAAUUUGAGAUUUUUGGUUCAAACCGCCGUAUCUUUGUGAGACGCGCUGUGGGUGAAUGGAUGAUCUCCGCAUGUGUAGAUCCCACCGUAAAGCAUGGAGGAGGAGGUGUUAUGGUGUGGGGGUGCUUUGCUGGUGACACUGUCUGUGAUUUAUUUAGAAUUCAAGGCACACUUAACCAGCAUGACUACCACAGCAUUCUGCAGCGAUACGCCAUCCUAUCUGGUUUGGGCUUAGUGGGACUAUCAUUUGUUUUUCAACAGGACAACGACCAACACACCUCCAGGCUGUGUAAGGGCUAUUUGACCAAGAAGGAGAGUGAUGGAGUGCUACAUCAGAUGACCUGGCCUCCACAAUCCCCCGACCUCAACCCAAUUGAGAUGGUUUGGGAUGAGUCGGAUGGCAGAGUGAAGGGAAAGCAGCCAACAAGUGCUCAGCAUAUGUGGGAACUCCUUCAAGACAGUUGGAAAAGCAUUCCAGGUGAAGCUGGUUGACAAAAUGCCAAGAGUGUGCAAAGCUGUCAUCAAGGCAAAGGGUGGCUAUUUGAAGAACCUCAAAUAUAAAAUAUAUUUUGAUAUGUUUAACACUUUUUUGUUUACUACAUGAUGCCAUAUGUGUUAUUUCAUAGUUUUGAUGUCUUCACUAUUAUUCUACAAUGUAAAAAAUUGUGAAAAUAAAGAAAAACCCUUGAAUGAGUAGGUGUGUCCAACCUUUUGACUGGUCCUGGAUAUACAGUUGAAGUAGGAAGUUUACAUACACGUAGGUUGGAGUCAUUAAAACUCAUUUUUCAACCACUCCACAAAUUUCUUGUUAACAAACUAUAGUUUUGGCAAGUCGGUUAGGACAUCUACUUUGUGCAUGACACAAGUAAUUUUUCCAACAAUUUUUUACAGACAGAUUGUUUCACUUAUAAUUCACUGUAUCACAAUUCCAGUGGGUCAGAAGUUUACAUACACUAAGUUGACUGCGCCUUUAAACAGCUUGGAAAAUUCCAGAAAAUGAUGUCAUGGCUUUAGAAACUUCUGAUAGGCUAAUUGACAUCAUUUGAGUCAAUUGGAGGUGUACCUGUGGAUGUAUUUCAAGGCCUACCUUCAAACUCAGUGCCUCUUUGCUUCACAUUAUGGGAAAAACUAAAGAAAUCAGCCAAGACCUCAGAAAAAAAAUUGUAGACCUCCACAAGUCUGGUUCAUCCUUGGGAGCAAUUUCCAAAUGCCUGAAGGUACCACAUUCAUCUGUACAAACAAUAGUACGCAAGUGUAAACACCAUGGGACCACGGAGCCGUCAUACCGCUCAGGAAGGAGAUGCAUUCUGUCUCCUAGAUAUGAACGUACUUUGGUGCGAAAUGUGCAAAUCAAUCCCAGAACAACAGCAAAGGACCUUGUGAAGAUGCUGGAUGAAACCGGUACAAAAGUAUCUAUAUCCACAGUAAAACGAGUCCUAUAUCGACAUAACCUGAAAUGCCGCUCAGCAAGGAAGAAGCCACUGCUCCAAAACCGCCAUAAAAAAGCCAGACUACGGUUUGCAACUUCACAUGGGGACAAAGAUCGUACUUUUUGGAGAAAUGUCCUCUGGUCUGAUGAAACAAAAAUAGAACUGUUUGGCCAUAAAUCAAAUCAAAUCUAAUCUAAUUUUAUUUGCCACAUGCGCCGAAUACAACAGGUGUAGACAUUACAGUGAAAUGCUUACUUACAAGCCCUUAACCAACAAUGCCGUUUUUAAAAAAUAAAAAAGUAAAAUAAAAAAGUGUUAAGUAAAAAAUUAAUAAAAGCAAAUAACUAAAGAGCAGCAGUAAAGUAAAAUAAAAGUAGGGAGGCUAUAUACAGGGGGGUACCGGUACAGAGUCAAUGUUCGGGGGCACCAGCUAGUCGAGGUAAUUGAGGUAAUAUGUACAGUGAGGGAAAAAAGUAUUUGAUCCCCUGCUGAUUUUGUACGUUUGCCCACUGACAAAGACAUGAUCAGUCUAUAAUUUUAAUGGUAGGUUUAUUUGAACAGUGAGAGACAGAAUAACAACAAAAAAACCCAGAAAAACGCAUGUCAAAAAUGUUACAAAUUGAUUUGCAUUUUAAUGAGGGAAAUAAGUAUUUGACCCCUCUGCAAAACAUGACUUCGUACUUGGUGGCAAAACCCUUGUUGGCAAUCACAGAGGUCAGACGUUUCUUGUAGUUGGCCACCAGGUUUUCACACAUCUCAGGAGGGAUUUUGUCCCACUCCUCUUUGCAGAUCUUCUCCAAGUCAUUAAGGUUUCGAGGCUGACGUUUGGCAACUCGAACCUUCAACUCCCUCCACAGAUUUUCUAUGGGAUUAAGGUCUGGAGACUGGCUAGGCCACUCCAGGACCUUAAUGUGCUUCUUCUUGAGCCACUCCUUUGUUGCCUUGGCCGUGUGUUUUGGGUCAUUGUCAUGCUGGAAUACCCAUCCACGACCCAUUUUCAAUGCCCUGGCUGAGGGAAGGAGGUUCUCACCCAAGAUUUGACGGUACAUGGCCCCGUCCAUCGUCCCUUUGAUGCGGUGAAGUUGUCCUGUCCCCUUAGCAGAAAAACACCCACAAAGCAUAAUGUUUCCACCUCCAUGUUUGACGGUGGGGAUGGUGUUCUUGGGGUCAUAGGCAGCAUUCCUCCUCCUCCAAACACGGCGAGUUGAGUUGAUACCAAAGAGCUCGAUUUUGGUCUCAUCUGACCACAACACUUUCACCCAGUUCUCCUCUGAAUCAUUUAGAUGUUCAUGCAAACUUCAGACCGUGUGCAGGGGAUCGUCGUGCAGGAUUCAUCACGGCGUAGUCCAAUUGUUUUCUUGGUGACUAUGGUCCCAGCUGGAGAUCAUUGCAGUCCUCCGCGUUUCUGGGUGUUCUCACCGUUCAUGAUUUCACACUGAAUCUGAGCCAGGCCGAGGGAUACAGGUCUUUUGUUGUUUUCUUCCAUUAUCACCUUCUCACCCAAGCUGCUUGGCGAUGGUCUUGUAGCCCAUUCCAGCCUUGUGUAGGUCUACAAUCUUGUCCCUGACAUCCUUGGAGAGGUCUUUGGUCUUGGCCAUGGUGGAGAGUUUGGAAUCUGAUCGAUUGAUUGCUUCUGUGGACAGGUGUCUUUUAUACAGGUAACAAGCUGAUAUUAGGAGCACUCCCUUUAAGAGUGUGCUCCUAAUCUCAGAUCGUUACCUGUAUAAAAGACACCUGGGUGCCAGUAAUCUUUCUGAUUGAGAGGUGGUCAAAUACUUAUUUCCCUCAUUAAAAUGCAAAUCAAUUUAUAAAGUCAUUUUCAUUUUCAUUUUAGUCAUUUAGCAGACGCUCUUAUCCAGAGCGACUUACAGGAGCAAUUAGGGUUAAGUGCCUUGCUCAAGGGCACAUUUACGUCAUUUAGCAGACGCUCUUAUCCAGAGCGACUACAAAUUGGUGCAUUCACCCUAUAGCCAGUGGGAUAACCACUUUACAAUUAUACUUUUUUUUUUUUGGGGGGGGGGGGGGGGUAGAAGGAUUACUUUAUCCUAUCCCAGGUGUUCCUUAAAGAGGUGGGGUUUCAAAUGUCUCCGGAAGGUGGUGAGUGACUCCGCUGUCCUGGCGUCGUGAGGGAGCUUGUUCCACCAUUGGGGUGCCAGAGCAGCGAACAGCUUUGACUGGGCUGAGCAGGGAGCCCAGCCAACAGCGAGUUGCAGUAAUCCAGACGGGAGAUGACAAGUGCCUGGAUUAGGACCUGUGCCGCUUCCUGUGUAAGGCAGUGUCGUACUCUCCGAAUGUUGUAGAGCAUGAACCUGCAGGAUCGGGUCACCGCCUUGAUGUUGGCGGAGAACGACAGGGUGUUGUCCAGGGUCACGCCAAGGCUCUUCGCACUCUGGGAGGAGGACACAACGGAGUUGUCAACCGUGAUGGCGAGAUCAUGGAACGGGCAGUCCUUCCCCGGGAGGAAGAGCAGCUCCGUCUUGCCAGGGUUCAGCUUGAGGUGGUGAUCCGUCAUCCAUACUGAUAUGUCGGCCAGACAUGCAGAGAUGCGAUUCGCCACCUGGUUAUCAGAAGGGGGAAAGGAGAAGAAAGUGGGGGGAAAAAGUAUUUAGUCAGCCACCAAUUGUGCAAGUUCUCCCACUUAAAAAGAUGAGAGAGGCCUGUAAUUUUCAUCAUAGGUACACGUCAACUAUGACAGACAAAAUGAGAAAAAAAAUCCAGAAAAUCACAUUGUAGGAUUUUUUAUGAAUUUAUUUGCAAAUUAUGGUGGAAAAAAAGUAUUUGGUCAAUAACAAAAGUUGCUCAAUACUUUGUUAUAUACCCUUUGUUGGCAAUGACACAGGUCAAACAUUUUCUGUAAGUCUUCACAAGGUUUUCACACACUGUUGCUGGUAUUUUGGCCCAUUCCUCCAUGCAGAUCUCCUCUAGAGCAGUGAUGUUUUGGGGGUGUCACUGGGCAACACGGACUUUCAACUCCCUCCAAAGCUUUUCUAUGGGGUUGAGAUCUGGAGACUGGCUAGGCCCCUCCAGGACCUUGAAAUGGUUCUUACGAAGCCACUCCUUCGUUGCCCGGGCGGUGUGUUUGGGAUCAUUGUCAUGCUGAAAGACCCAGCCACGUGUCAUCUUCAAUGCCCUUGCUGAUGGAAGGAGGUUUUCACUCAAAAUCUCACGAUACAUGGCCCCAUUCAUUCUUUCCUUUACACGGAUCAGUCGUCCUGGUCCCUUUGCAGAAAAACAGCCCCAAAGCAUGAUGUUUCCACCCCCAUGCUUCACAGUAGGUAUGGUGUUCUUUGGAUGCAACUCAGCAUUCUUUGUCCUCCAAACACGACGAGUUGAGUUUUUACCAAAAAGUUAUAUUUUGGUUUCAUCUGACCAUAUGACAUUCUCCAAAUCCUCUUCUGGAUCAUCCAAAUGCACUCUAGCAAACUUCAGACGGGCCUGGACAUGUACUGGCUUAAGCAGGGGGACACGUCUGGCACUGCAGGAUUUGAGUCCCUGGCGGCGUAGUGUGUUACUGAUGGUAGGCUUUGUUACUUUGGUCCCAGCUCUCUGCAGGUCAUUCACUAGGUCCCCCCGUGUGGUUCUGGGAUUUUUGCUCACCGUUCUUGUGAUCAUUUUGACCCCACGGGGUGAGAUCUUGCGUGGAGCCCCAGAUCGAGGGAGAUUAUCAGUGAUCUUGUAUGUCUUCCAUUUCCUAAUAAUUGCUCCUAUAGUUGAUUUCUUCAAACCAAGCUGCUUACCUAUUGCAGAUUCAGUCUUCCCAGACUGGUGCAGGUCUACAAUUUUGUCCUUUGACAGCUCUUUGGUCUUGGCCAUAGUGGAGUUUGGAGUGUGACUGUUUGAGGUUGUGGACAGGUGUCUUUUAUACUGAUAACAAGUUCAAACAGGUGCCAUUAAUACAGGUAACGAGUGGAGGACAGAGGAGCCUCUUAAAGAAGAAGUUACAGGUCUGUGAGAGCCAGAAAUCUUGCUUGUUUGUAGGUGACCAAAUACUUGUUUUCCACCAUAAUUUGCAAAUAAAUUCAUUAAAAAUCCUACAAUGUGAUUUUCUGGAUUUUUUUUCUCAUUUUGUCUGUCAGUUGACGUGUACCUAUGAUGAAAAUUACAGGCCUCUCUCAUCUUUUUAAGUGGGAGAACUUGCACAAUUGGUGGCUGACUAAAUACUUUUUUUCCCCACCGUAACAUGUUUUCUGGAUUUUUUUGUUGUUAUUCUGUCUCUCACUGUUCAAAUAAACCUACCAUUAAAAUUAUAGACUGAUCAAUUUUUUGUCAGUGGGCAAACGUACAAAAUCAGCAGGGGAUCAAAUACUUUUUUCCCUCACUGUACAUGUGGGUAGAGUUAAAGUGACUAGGCAUAAAUAAUAAACAGAGUAGCAGCAGCGUAAAAGAGGGGGAUGGGGUGGGGUGGGGUGGGGGGGCAGUGCAAAUAGUCUGGGUAGCCAUGAUUAGCUGUUCAGGAGUCUUAUGGCUUGGGGGUAGAAGCUGUUGAGAAGCCUUUUGGACCUAGAUUUGGUGCUCCGGUACCGCUUGUCGUGCGGUAGCAGAGAGAACAGUCUAUGACUAGGGUGGCGGGAGUCUUUGACAAUUUUGAGGACCUUCCUCUGACACUACCUGAUAUAGAGGUCCUGGAUGGCAGGAAGCUUGGCCCCAGUGAUUUACUGGGCCGUACGCACUACCCUCUGUAGUGCGUUGCGGUCGGAGGCUGAGCAGUUGCCAUACCAGUCGAUGAUGCAACCAGUCAGGAUGCUCUCGAUGGUGCAGCUGUAUAACUUUUUGAGGAUCUGAGGACCUAUGCCAAAUCUUUUCAGUUUCCUGGGGAGGAAUAGGCUUUGUCGUGCCCUCUUCACGACUGUCUUGGUGUGUUUGGACCAUGAUAGUUUGUUGUUGAUGUGGACACCAAGGAACUUGAAGCUUUCAACUUGUUCCACUACAGCCCCGUCGAUGAGAAUGGGGGCGUGCUCAGUCCUCUUUUUUUUCCUGUAGUCCACAAUCUUCUCCUUUGUCUUGAUCACGUUGAGGGAGAGGUUGUUAUCCUGGCACCACACGGCCAGGUCUCCGACCUCCUCCCUAUAGGCUGUCUCAUCGUUAUCGGUGAUCAGGCCUACCACUGUUGUGUCGUCGGCAAACUUAAUGAUGGUGUUGGAGUCGUGCCUGGCCAUGCAGUCAUGGGUGAACAGGGAGUACAGGAGGGGACUGAGCACGCACCCCUGAGGGGCCCCCGUGUUGAGGAUCAGCAUGGCAGAUGUGUUGUUACCUACCCUUACCACCUGGGGACAGCCCGUCAGGAAGUCCAGGAUCCAGUUGCAGAGGGAGGUGUUUAGUCCCAGGAUCCUUAGCUUAGUGAUGAGCUUUGAGGGCACUAUGGUGUUGAACGCUGAGCUGUAGUCAAUGAAUAGCAUUCUCACGUAGGUGUUCCUCUUGUCCAGGUGGGAAAGGGCAGUGUGGAGUGCAAUAGAGAUUGCAUCAUCUGUGGAUCUAUUGGGGCGGUAUGCAAAUUGGAGUGGGUCUAGGGUUUCUGGGAUAAUGGUGUUGAUGUGAGCCAUGACCAGUCUUUCAAAGCACUUCAUGGCUACAGACGUUAGUGCUAGUGGUCGGUAGUCAUUUAGGCAGGUUAUCUUAGUGUCCUUGGGCACAGGGACUAUGGUGGUCUGCUUGAAACAUGUUGGUAUUACAGACUCAGUCAGGGACAUGUUGAAAAUGUCAGUGAAGACACUUGCCAUUUGGUCAGCACAUGCUCAGAGUACACGUCCUGGUAAUCCAUCUGGCCCUGCGGCCUUGUGAAUGUUGACCUGCUUAAAAGUCUUACUCACAUCGGCUACGGAGAAUGUUAUCACAUAGUCAUCCGGAACAGCUGAUACUCUCAUGCAUGCUUCAGUGUUGCGUUCCUCGAAGCGAGCAUAGAAGUGAUUUAGCUCAUCUGGUAGGCUUGUGUCACUGGGCAGCUCACGGCUGUGCUUCCCUUUGUAGUCUGUAAUAGUUUUCAAGCCCUGCCACAUCCGACGAGCUUCAGAGCCGGUGUAGUACGAUUCAAUCUUAGUCCUGUAUUGACUCUUUGCCUGUUUGAUGGUUCAUCGGAGGGCAUAGCGAGAUUUCUUAUAAGCGUCCGGGUUAGAGUCCCGCUCCUUGAAAGCGGCAGCUCUACCCUUUAGCUCAGUGCGGAUGUUGCCUGUAAUCCAUGGCUUCUGGUUGGGGUAUGUACGUAUGGUCACUGUGGCGACGACGUCAUCGAUGCACUUAUUGAUGAAGCCAGUGACUGAUGUGGUGUACUCCUCAAUGCUAUCUGAAGAAUCCCGGAACAUAUUCCAGUCUGUGCUAGCAAAACAGUCCUGUAGCUUAGCAUCUGCUUCAUCUGACCACUUUUUUAUUAACCGAGUCACUGCUGCUUCCUGCUUUAGUUUUUGCUAAUAAGCAGGAAUCAGGAGGAUAGAGUUAUGGUCAGAUUUGCCAAAUGGAGGGCGAGGGAGAGCUUUGUAUGCGUCUCUGUGUGUGGAGUAAAGGUGGUCUAGAGUUUUUUCCCCUCUGGUUGCACAUUUAACAUGCUGGUAGAAAUGAGGUAGAAUGGAUUUAAGUUUCCCUGCAUUAAAGUCCCCGGCCACUAGGAGCGCUGCCUCUGGAUGAGCGUUUUCCUGUUUAUUUAUGGCCUUAUACAGCUCAUUGAGUACAAUCUUAGUUCCAGCAUCGGUUUGUGGUGGUAGAUAGACAGCUACAAGAAAUAUAGAUGAAAACUCUCUUGGUAAAUAGUGUGGUCUACAGCUUAUCAUGAGAUACUUUACCUCCGGCGAGCAAAACCUCGAGACUUCCUUAGUGUUAGAUUUUAUGCACCAGCUGUUGUUUACAAAUAUACACAGACCACCACCCCUUGUCUUACCGGAGUGAGCCGUUCUAUCCUGACAAUGUAGCGUAUAUCCCGCCAGCUGUAUGUUAUCAAUGUCGUCGUUCAGCCACGACUCGGUGAAACAGUUAUUACAGUUUUUAAUGUCCCGUUGGUAGGAUAACCUUCAUCGUAGGUCGUCCAAUUUGUUUUCAAAUGACUGAACAUUGGCUAAUAGGAUUGAUGGAAGAGGCAAUUUACUUGCUCGCCGUCGGAUCCUUACAAGGCACCCUGACCUACGUCCACGAUAUCUCCAUCUCUUUCUCAUGUGAAUGACAGGGAUUUGGGCCUUGUUGGGUGUCUGUAGGAUAUCCUUCACGUCCGACUCGAUGAAGAAAAAAUCUUUGUCCAAUACGAGGUGAGUAAUCGCUGUCCUGAUAUCCAGAAGCUCUUUUUGGUCAUAAGAGACGGUGGCAGAGACAUUUUGUACAGAAUAAAUUAAAAAUAACGCGAAAAAACACACAUAAUAGUGCAAUUGGUUAGAGGGCUGUAAAACUGCAGCCAUCUUCUUCAGCUCCACUUUUCCAUAAUGACCAUCGUUAUGUUUGGAGGAAAAAGGGGGUGGCUUGCAAGCCGAAGAACACCAUCCCCACAGUGAAGCAUGGUGGUGGCAGCAUCAUACUGUUGGGAUGUUUUUCAUUGGCAGGGACUGGGAAACUGGUCAGAAUUGAAGGAAUGAUGGAUGGCGCUAAAUACAGGGAAAUAGUUACAGUGGGGAAAAAAAGUAUUUAGUCAGCCACCAAUUGUGCAAGUUCUCCCACUUAAAAAGAUGAGAGAGGCCUGUAAUUUUCAUCAUAGGUACACGUCAACUAUGACAGACAAAUUGAGAAAAAUGUGUCCAGAAAAUCACAUUGUAGGAUUUUUAAUGUAUUUAUUUGCAAAUUAUGGUGGAAAAUAAGUAUUUGGUCACCUACAACCAAGCAAGAUUUCUGGCUCUCACAGACCUGUAACUUCUUCUUUAAGAGGCUCCUCUGUCCUCCACUCGUUACCUGUAUUAAUGGCACCUGUUUGAACUUGUUAUCAGUAUAAAAGACACCUGUCCACAACCUCAAACAGUCACACUCCAAACUCCACUAUGGCCAAGACCAAAGAGCUGUCAAAGGACACCAGAAACAAAAUUGUAGACCUGCACCAGGCUGGGAAGACUGAAUCUGCAAUAGGUAAGCAGCUUGGUUUGAAGAAAUCAAAUGUGGGAGCAAUUAUUAGGAAAUGGAAGACAUACAAGACCACUGAUAAUCUCCCUCGAUCUGGGGCUCCACGCAAGAUCUCACCCCGUGGGGUCAAAAUGAUCACAAGAACGGUGAGCAAAAAUCCCAGAACCACACGGGGGGACCUAGUGAAUGACCUGCAGAGAGCUGGGACCAAAGUAACAAAGCCUACCAUCAGUAACACACUACGCCGCCAGGGACUCAAAUCCUGCAGUGGCAGACGUGUCCCCCUGCUUAAGCCAGUACAUGUCCAGGCCCGUCUGAAGUUUGCUAGAGUGCAUUUGGAUGAUCCAGAAGAGGAUUGGGAGAAUGUCAUAUGGUCAGAUGAAACCAAAAUAGAACUUUUUGGUAAAAACUCAACUCGUCAUGUUUGGAGGACAAAGAAUGCUGAGUUGCAUCCAAAGAACACCAUACCUACUGUGAAGCAUGGGGGUGGAAACAUCAUGCUUUGGGGCUGUUUUUCUGCAAAGGUACCAGGACGACUGAUCCGUGUAAAGGAAAGAAUGAAUGGGGCCAUGUAUCGUGAGAUUUUGAGUGAAAACCUCCUUCCAUCAGCAAGGGCAUUGAAGAUGAAACGUGGCUGGGUCUUUCAGCAUGACAUGAUCCCAAACACACCGCCCGGGCAACGAAGGAGUGGCUUCGUAAGAAGCAUUUCAAGGUCCUGGAGUGGCCUAGCCAGUCUCCAGAUCUCAACCCCAUAGAAAAUCUUUGGAAGGAAUUGAAAGUCUGUGUUGCCCAGCGACAGCCCCAAAACAUCACUGCUCCAGAGGAGAUCUGCAUGGAGGAAUGGGCCAAAAUACCAGCAACAGUGUGUGAAAACCUUGUGAAGACUUACAGAAAACGUUUGACCUGUGUCAUUGCCAACAAAGUGUAUAUAACAAAGUAUUGAGAAACUUAUGUUAUUGACCAAAUACUUAUUUUCCACCAUAAUUUGCAAAUAAAUUCAUAAAAAAUCCUACAAUGUGAUUUUCUGGAUUUUCUGAAUUGAUCAGAAAUACAGUGUAGACAUGGGUAAUGUUGUAAAUGGCUAUUGUAGUUGGAAAUGGCUGAUUUUUAAUGGAAUAUCUACAUAGGCGUACAGAUGCCCAUUCAGCAACCAUCAGUCCUGUGUUACAAUGGCACGUUGUGUUUGGUAAUCCAAGAUUAUCAUUUUAAAAAGCUAAUUGAUCAUUAGAAAACCCUUUAGCAAUUAUGUUAGCACAGCUGAAAACUGUUGUGCUGAUUAAAGAAGCAAUAAAACUCAUUUCAUGUAUGUUUUCAUGGAAAACAAGGACAUUUCUAAGUGACCCCAAACUUUUGAACGGUAGUGUAUAUCAAAACGUUUAUGACGGUUAUUUUAUUUUCAUGAUGGUCUUCAUCCAUAUUCGUCGGUUACACGAUUAUACAAUAAUUGUGCCAGACCUAACUAGAUGCACUGAGGACUGGGAUGGGUUUAUAUGGAGCUAUUGAGAUUUUCCCUUUUACAAUAUAUUCAUGUGAACCAAUCAACUUGCCUAGUGUACAGUAUUUUACCGAAGCUGCAUACAGUCAUUGUUGAUGAGCUGCAGUAUGGAGCACCUUGUGUAUUCCUUGAAACUGAAAGGAAUACAAAAAAGCUAUCUGAAUGAGUCCAGUAGCCCUCAUCAUGACCAUCCCUAACCCCCUCCUCUCCCCUACCUCCCUCCCUCCACACAGAGUCCCUGGAACCCACCUACCAACAGCUGCAGAAGAUGAAGCUGGACAAGAGUCCAUUCGUGGUGGUGUCAGUGAUUGGUCAGGAGCUGCUGACGGCGGCCCACCACACCGCCUCCGUAGUGGUCCUGGAGGCCGCGUUAAAGAUCGGUACCUGCAGCCUCAAGCUGCGCGGCUCUGUAUUCUCAGCCCUCAGCAGCGCCCACUGGUCCCUGGGCAAUGCAGAGAAGAGCACCGGAUACAUGCAGCAAGACCUAGAGGUUUCCAAGUCACUAGGUGAGACCACAGGGGUGUUUGUGUGUGUGUUUUUGUCUGUAUAUUUCUGUUCAUAUCUGUGUGUAUUUGUGCGUCUCUAUCUUGUCCUGAGUUACUGUGUGUGUGAGGCAACCCAGAUUGCCUGGACUCUCCUUACCCCACACAGUUUGACACAUGAGUGGGCAGUGUAGAGUAGAGCAGUAGGAGAUAAGGGUCUGGAUGGAGCAGUGCACUGUGGUUUUUAGGUAGAGAGCCUGACUCUCUGGCCCUGUAUGGGGGGGGGGGGCCUGUCUGUCAGGCAGAUGUAAUAAGGCCUCCCCCUCUCCUCCUCUCACCCCACUGGGGCCUGGAGGUCAGGUCUAGCAUGUCUACUUCUACUGUGGAGCUCUGUCUGUACAGCAGCUUCGAACGCCCAGCUCUCCAUUUAAUGACAUAAUGGGAUGUCAGUGUCAAGGAGAUCCAUCGCAUCACUGCAUCACUGCUCUAAGAUGGUAGAGGACCAUGACUGCCCUGAAGAUCCACACUGAAUGACAGCACAUUUAGUAGUGAUUUUCCUGUUGUACUGUAUAUAACCUGAGUGGUAAACAAACAAUUAUACAGAUGCUUGUAUUGAAAGUUACAAAGUAUUGAUUAUGUUCUCAGAUGAAUUUGUAUAGAGAACAUUGUCCUUUGUCCCAUACUGUCCUGGAGUGACUUUCCCAUACAUGUCCUCACUUCCCUCUCCUCCCUUUCCUCCUCCGCUCCAGGUGACCAAACAGGUGAAUGCCGUGCCCAUGGCAACCUGGGCUCAGCAUUCUUCUCCAAGGGGAACUACCGCGAGGCCCUGACCAACCACCGCCACCAGCUGGUCCUGGCUAUGAAGCUCAAGGACAGGGAGGUAAGAGACUGAGACACACAUGGCCACAUGUGUCUCCCUGGCCCCUCUGGACCUCAAACUGUUCACAGCCCUCUUGUUGGCGGAGAGAACAUUUUGCAGAUUUAAAGCUAAUUUCCUGCAAUUCUAUACAUUUUGCCAUAUCUAAUGUGUAUUCAUGCGAUAUUUCAGUGACUCGAACAUUACAAAAAAAUCUAUGGGCUAAAAAACCUAGCUAAAAAACAAUGUUUUGAUAUGGAAAUUUCUGACAAGUUCUAAAUAGCUCUCUAAGGUAUGCAAUGACUGACAAUACAAGAGGACAACUGAUUAUUUCGAAAUGGCACCUUGUGCAUUCUACUAUUACAACUUUCAAGAGUAAGUUGAAAGCACUUGUGCCCCCCCGGGUCAUUUUGGUGGUAUUUUUAUUACUCCUGGGUCAUUUUGGUGGUAUUUUCUAGGUGGUAGUAUGUAAGAUAAAUCUCUCAUAUAGUUUUAGGUUAUCUUCUGCUAUAGAAGGAGGGGUGAGGGCAUGUGGGGAAUGGAUGGCUGGUGUCUUUUUUCUGUUUCUGUUAGUGGUUGUAAUAGUGAUGUGUCCAGCAGCUUUCCUCUCCUUUGUCUUGGUCGUUCAGAGGGUGACUGAAGGGUAAGGCUGAAGAGCAGGAUGGCUCUGCUGCUCGUUCCCCUGUCAGAGAGAGAGAGGGAUGAGAAGUGGGCUAGGAGAACAAAUGAAGGUGACUAGGCGAGGGAUAGAGAGGUGGAGAGACCAAUGGGAGGGCCUUUAGUAACAGCUGGUGCUCCUCGUUAUCAAUGCAAAAAAUGUUUAUGCAAAUAUUAUACAGAUAUUUAUCCUGUACAUGAUUCAGUCAAUCUGGGGCUUUGGCAACAUAUGCUGCUUUAGGAAUGUCAUUUAGACUGAUUAAGCUGUUUGGAAAUGAAAUAGAGGGGGAAAGAAAAAAAACAAAGGACAUGAGAGAGAAAAAACUGAGGGAGAGGGAGAGUGAGAGAGGGAGUGAGAGAGGGAGAGGGAGAGGGAGAGGGAGAGCGAGAGUGAGAGAGGGAGAAAGAAGAAUAGAGGUAGAGCAUGAGGGAGGGUAGGCAGAGGAAGAGGGAGGGCCAGACAGUGAGAAAAAGGGCUCGUUUCUCUCUCUCUCCUUUAACCCCACUCUCUCUCUCUCUCUCUCUCUCUCUCUCUCUCUCUCUCUCUCUCUCUCUCUCUCUCUCUCUCUCUCUCUCUCUGUUCUGCCUGACCUCUGUGGUGAUUGUGGGGGGUGACAGGUGCUCGUUCCAGCACAGUUCCCGUCACCCAGCCCAGAGAGAAGAAUGCCCCUGCUUCCCCCCGUCCCUCCCUGCUUCCCCCCAUCCCUCCCUGCUUUAUACAGUCCAAAGAGAACCACAUAAUGAGACACAAAGCUACAGCUAACGGCCAAAGGCCCCUCACAUCUCUCACAGCCUAUACCUAUGUACAGUAUGUCAUGCACACAGGUUAAGUUACAGUAGUGUUAUGGUGAGCUGUAUUUGAGUGUGCUUGAGGAGAAGUGUGGAUAAGGUAAGGAGUGUGGGGGUCUGUGUUUAAUUUGGGGGUCUCAGUACCCAGUUCAGAUAUUAGGCACUGGCAGUAAUUGGCUGACCAGAUGGUAGCUUUUAAUGAGUGUGUGCGUGUUUGUUUGUGUGUGUGUGCAUGUGCAUUUGUGUGCGUGUGCGUGUGUGUGUGUUUCCGUGCCCCUACAACCCUGCCUUCUCAGUCAGAUAUGAAAGCCCCCACCCUUCCUAAUCAUCAGAUCCUCCCACUAACACCAAGCUGCCACCUGACUGGCUGUUAAGGACACCUCUCAUUCACUACUUUCCAAACAACUGCCGAUUUGACCGCUAACGCAACAAGUUAGAGAACAUUUUUAUCAUAUAAUGAAAUCUUCCCCUACUUCUCUGCUUUUCAAAUCCGCAAUCAGAUUCGAAAUCGUGUGUGCCCCCUUCAUCUCUCCCCCCCCCCCCCCACCCUCCCCUUGUUUUAGCACACAACCCGUACACCUUACAUGUUGAAUAAUACUGACCCAUUCUUAAUACUCACUCAUUCACUUCUUCUGAGAGGGAACAUCCCCUCACCUUCCCACCACACACUAACAGUACUUUUAGAAGUGGUCCAGUAUAAGUCAUGUGAGCUGUGUCUGAGGUGUUAUGUAAGGACUAUUCCAGGGUCUUGACAAGUUCAUCCCACGCUGCUAAUGGCUGCUGCCUCCUACAGGACGUCCCCCUGGCCCCUCUGGACCUCAGCGCCUGGCCCCGGGCCCCUAAUCACAGUCAUAUGUAUGUCACACCACCUGGCCUCCCUCAGAGAGCAGAGCAGAACACUGGGGGCUAAUGGAGGGAACAAAUCCCUCAUUACUGUAGCUAGCCCAGCUAGUGCUGCCUGGUGUUUUGCUUUCUUAUGUCAAACAUAUUAUCUGGCAUUUGAGGAGGUGAGGUCACUUCCUAGAGUCCAGGCCAGCCUGGACACAGGAUGUUGUGCUGCUGCACAGACCGUGAAGAGUUUGAAGGAGAGAGAGUAAGUGGCGGUCGGUGUCGUUUAAGAUUAGGGAGGACAACUUUUUUUUUAUGAGCAUGGCCUUAUUUUGAUUUCAGCAUAUUUGACCCACCACAUGGAUUCAGUCCUAUGUAGCAACAUUUGAAAUUGUGUUUUUUACAUUGGAUAAAAUUAGAGACUCAGAGCUAGAAAAUGGUAUAUCAUACACUGCAGUUGAGGAACAAUGGGAAAGUAAUUCUGCUUUGAAAGUUGAUAAAUUUGUAAUCCCACUUUUGAGAAAAUGGCCCUUGAAUGACCAGAGUACCUUCUUCCAUAUGUUUGGGGAGUCUACCACAUGACUUUUGGCGAACACCAAACGUGUUUGAUUAUUUUUUUCUUUAAGCAAUGUCUUUUUUCUGGCCACUCUUCCGUAAAGCCCAGCUCUGUGGCGUGUACGGCUUAAAGUGGUGCCGCUUGCUUGGUGGUGCCCCUUGCUUCGUGGUGUUGCAGACUCUGGGGCCUUUCAGAACAGGUGUAUAUAUACUGAGAUCAUGUGACAGAUCAUGUGACACUUAGAUUGCACACAAGUGGACUUUAUUUAACUAAUUAUGUGACUUCUGAAGGUAAUUGGUUGCACCAGAUCUUAUUUAGGGGCUUCAUAGCAAAGGGGGUGAAUACAUAUGCACGCACCACUUUUCCGUUAUUUAUUUUGUAUAAUUUUUUGAAACAAGUUAUUUUUUUCAUUUCACUUCACCAAUUUGGAAUAUUUUGUGUAUGUCCAUUACAUGAAAUCCAAAUAAAAAUCUAUUUCAAUUACAGGUUGUAAUGCAACAAAAUGGGAAAAACGCCAAGGGGGAUGAAUACUUUUGCAAGGCACUGUAAUCAUCUGGUGAAGUGGAGUCUUUUGUUUAGACAUGUAGCUAGCUAGCUAGCUAAACAGUGAGCCGGCAUAAUCCCAACUCAUACUACUACCAAUACAAACAUUGUCAUAGCUGUAGUAUGAAUCUGCAGGUAGCUAAAGCUAACCAACUAGGUUCAAUGUUAGCUAGCUAACAUUAGGCUAUAACUACCAAUGCAAAUAGUUUUCUGAUUCAAAUAAUAUUACUACACAGAUCAUACACGUAACGUUAGAUAGCGAGCCAGCAAGCUAACGUUCACUAGCUAGCGUUCAGUACGCUUUAACUUGCAAUGAAAACGACUUUCUGACAAAAUUAGAAACUUAUGAUAACUGAAAAUGUAGCUAGACUCUUACCCGUAUACAUGGAUGAACGCUUCACGGCAGACUGGAACCGUUUAACUCCGUUUUGUUUGUAGCUACAUUUUGUUUGGCCAGCGUUGUGUCAAGUCCCUCCGGUUCACACUGACCAUGGCGUGUGCAGAAAGUAGCCCAUUACAACUUUUUCCAACUGAUCUGUCGAUAGCGCCUGCUAAAUGCAGGGCAUCAAUGUUGUUGAGAAAAGUAGCAAAACGUUUGUAAUUCUCGAUGGCUAACGUUAUAUCUUUCAAAAACGCUGCGGUAGAAAUGACUAUCAACACAUACUGAGCUGCUCACGUUAUAGACAGAAGCAUGCUACAUGGCAGACCAAUAAAAUAAUUGUAUUGGUCACAUACACGUGUUUAGCAGAUGUUAUUGUGGGUGUAGCGAAAUGUUUGUGCUUCUAGCUCCGACAGUGCAGUAAUAUCUAACAAGUAAUAUCUAACAAUUUCACAACAUAUACCCAAUUCGCACAAAUCUAAGUAAGGAAUGAAUUAAGAAUAUAUUACCAGUCAAAAGUUUGGACACACCUACUCAUUCAAGGGUUUUUCUUUAUUUUGUACUAUUUUCUACAUUGUAGAAUAAUCGUGAAAACAUCAAAACUAUGAAAUAACACAUAUGGAAUCAUGUAGUAACCAAAAAAGUGUUAAACAAAUCAAAUAUAUUUUAUAUUUGAGAUUCUUCAAAUAGCCACCCUUUGCCUUGAUGACAGCUUUGCACACUCUUGGCAUUUGCUCAACCAGCUUCAUGAGGUAGUCACCUGGAAUGCAUUUCAAUGAACAGGUGUGCCUUCUUAAAAGUUAAUUUGUGGAAUUUCUUUCCUUCUUAAUGCGUUUGAGCCAAUCAGUUGUGUUUUGACAAGGUAGGGUUGGUAUACAGAAGAUAGCCCUAUUUGGUAACAGACCAAGUCCAUAUUAUGGCAAGAACAGCUUAAAUAAGCAAAGAGAAACGAGGUCAGUUAAUACGGAACAUUUCAAGAACUUUGAAAGUUUCUUCAAGUGCAGUCGCAAAAACCCUCAAGCGCUAUGAUGAAACUGGCUCUCAUGAGGACCACCACAGGAAUGGAAGACCCAGAGUUACCUCUGCUGCAGAGGAUAAGUUCAUUAGAGUUACCAGCCUCAGAAAUUGCAGGCCAAAUAAAUGCUUCACAGAGUUCAAGUAACAGACACAUCUCAACAUCAACUGUUCAGAGGGGACUGUGUGAAUCAGGCCUUCAUGGUCGAAUUGCUGCAAAGAAACCACUAGUAAAGGACACCAAUAAGAAGAAGAGACCCGCUUGGGCCAAGAAACACGAGCAAUGGACAUUAGACCGGUGGAAAUGUGUCCUUUGGUCUGGAGUCCAAAUUGGAGAUUUUUGGUUCCAACCGCUGUGUCUUUGUGAGAUGCGCGAUGUGGGUGAACGGAUGAUAUCUGCAUGUUUAUUUCCCACCGUAAAGCAUGGAGGAGGUGGUGUUAUGGUGUGGGGGUGCUUUGCUGGUGACACUGUCUGUGAUUUAUUUAGAAUUCAAGGCACACUUAACCAGCAUGGCUACCACAGCAUUCUACAGCGAUACGCCAUCCAAUCUGGUUUGGGCUUAGUGGGACUAUCAUUUGUUUUUCAACAGGACAAUGACCCAACACACCUCCAGGCUGUGUAAGGGCAAUUUUACCAAGAAGGAGAGUGAUGGAGUGCUGCAUCAGAUAACCUGGCCUCCACAAUCCCCCGACCUCAACCCAAUUGAGAUGGUUUGGGAUGAGUCGGACAGCAGAGUGAAAGAAAAGCAGCCAACAAGUGCUCAGCAUAUGUGGGAACACAUUCAAGACUGUUGGAAAACCAUUCCAGGUGAAGCUGGUUGAGCGAAUGCCAAAUAUAACACUUUUUUUGUUUACUACAUCAUUCCAUGUGUUAUUUCAUAGUUUUGAUGUCUUCUGUCAUUUAACACUGAAGAUGGCGCCGGAGGGGAUGGCUGCCGUUUUAUAGACUCUUAACCAACCGUGAUAUUUUGUGUGUUUUUUCGCAUUGUUUGUAACUUAUUUUGUACAUAAUGUUGCUGCUACCGUCUCUUAUGACCGAAAAGAGCUUCUGUGCAUCAGAACAGCGAUUACUCACCUUGAACUGGACAAAUAAUUUUUAUUUACUGAGUCGCACGAGAGGGAUUUGCUCCAGACACCCGACAGGGCCCUCAUCCCCGUCAUUCGUAGUAGAAAGAAAAGGAGAUCUCGCGGAAGGAGAUCGGGGUGCUUGGUAAGGAGCCGGCGACGAGUGGCUAAUAUGCCUUUGCCAUCGAUACUAUUGGCCAAUUUACAAUCGCUUGAUAAUAAAGUGGACGAACUACAGGCACGAAUAUCCUACCAACGGGACAUUAAAAACUGUAAUAUCUUAUGUUUCACCGGGUCGUGGCUGAACGAAGACAUGAAUAACAUACAGCUGGCGGGAUAUACACUGUAUCGGCAGGAUAGAACGGCAGCCUCUGGUAAGACAAGGGGUGGCUGUCUUUGUAUAUUUGUAAACAACAGCUGGUGCAUGAUAUCUAAGGAAGUCUCGAGGUUUUGCUCGCCUGAGGUAGAGUAUCUCAUGAUAAUCUUUAGACCACACUAUCUAUAUUCUUCGUAGCUGCCUAUUUACCACCACAAACCUAUGAUGGCACUAAGACCGCACUCAAUGAACUGUAUACGGACAUAAGCAAACAGGAAAACACUCAUCCAGAGGCAGCGCUCCUAGUGACCUGGGACUUUAAUGCAGGGAAACUUAAAUAUUUUACCUGAUUUCUACCAGCAUGUUAAAUGUGCAACCAGAGGGAAAAAAACUCUAGACCACCUUUACUCCACACACAGAGACGUGUACAAAGCUCUCCCUCGCCCUCCAUUUGGCAAAUCUGACCAUAAUUAUAUCCUCCUGAUUCCUGCUGACAAGCAAAAACUAAAGCAGGAAGCACCAGUGGUCAAAUGAAGCAGAUGCUAAGCUACAGGACUGUUUUGCUAGCACAGACUGGAAUAUGUUCCGGGAUUCUUCAGAUGGCAUUGAGGAGUACACCACAUCAGUAACUGGCAUCAUCAAUAAGUGCAUCGAUGACGUCGUCCCCACAGUGACUGUACGUACAUACUCCAAGCAGAAGCCAUGGAUUACAGGUAACAUCCGCAUUGAGCUAAAGGGUAGAUUUGCCGCUUUCAAGGAGCGGGACUCUAACCCGGAAGCUUAUAAGAAAUCCCGCUAUGCCCUCCGAUGAACCAUCAAACAGGCAAGCGUCGAUACAGGACUAAGAUCGAAUCGAACAUCCGGCUCCGACGCUCGUCGGAUGUGGCAGGGCUUGCAAACUAUUACACACUAUAAAGGGAAGCACAGCCGCGAGCUGCCCAGUGACACGAGCCUACCAGACGAGCUAAAUUACUUCUAUGCUCGCUUCGAGGCAAGUAACACUGAAACAUGCAUGAGAGCAUCAGCUGUUCCGGACGACUAUGUGAUAACAUUCUCCGUAGCCGAUGUGAGUAAGACCUUUAAACAGGUCAACAUUCACAAGGCCGCAGGGCCAGACGGAUUACCAGGACGUGUACUCCGAGCAUGCGCUGACCAACUGGCAAGUGUCUUCACUGACAUUUUCAAUAUGUCCCUGUCUGAGUUUGUAAUACCAACAUGUUUCAAGCAGUCCACCAUAGUCCCUUUGCCCAAGAACACUAAGGUAACCUGCCUAAAUGACUACCGACCCGUAGCACUCACAUAUGUAGCCAUGAAGUGCUUUGAAAGGCUGGUCAUGGCUCACAUCAACACCCUUAUCCCAGAAACCCUAGACCCACCCCAAUUUGCAUACCACCCCAACAGAUCCACAGAUGAUGCAAUCUCUAUUGCGCUCCACACUGCGCUUUCACACCUGGACAAGAGGAACACCUAUUUGAGAAUGCUAUUCAUUGACUACAGCUCAGCGUUCAACACCAUAGUGCCCUCAAAGCUCAUCACUAAGCUAAGGACCCUGGGAUUAAACACCUCCCUCUGCGACUGGAUCCUGGACUUCCUGACGGUCCGCCCCCAGGUGGUAAGGGUAGGUAACAACACAUCCGCCACACUGAUCCUCAACACGGGGGCCCCUCAGCGGUGCGUGCUCAGUCCCCUCCUAUACUCCCUGUUCCCUCAUGACUGCAUGGCCAGGCAUGACUCCAACACCAUCAUUAAGUUUGCCAAUGACACAAAAGUUGUAGGCCUGAUCACCGACAACGACGAGACAGCCUAUAGGGAGGAGGUCAGAGACCUGGCCGUGUGGUGCCAGGACAACAACCUCUCCCUCAACGUGAUCAAGACAAAGGAGAUGAUUGUGGACUACAGGAAAAGAAGAGGACCGAGCACGCCCCCGUUCUCAUCGACGGGACUGUAGUGGAGCAGGUUGAGAGCUUCAAGUUCCUUGGUGUCCACAUCACCAACAAACUAACAUGGUCCAAGCACACCAAGACAGUCGUGAAGAGGGCACGACAAAGCCUAUUCCCCCCCUAAGGAGACUGAAAAGAUUUGGCAUGGGUGCUCAGAUCCUCAAAAGGUUCUAUAGGGGGAAGUUAGAAAUCUAUACCCCAAUGGAAAAAAACAUUGCUCUCCCCUACCUAACCUCUUUAGCUGUGUUUCUGAUUUCCAUUGCAAGCUGGCGUUGGGUUGGGGGAGCCAGCAGCAGAAUAAUCUAUUUUUAACAUCACAGGGUAACGUAAUUACAGAGUGUACCAUCGCCAGCCUGCCUCAGUUUCUCCUAAAUACUCACACCCCAAAUUAGGAUUCCCCCCAUGGGAAUCGAACCCACAACCCUGGCGUUGCAAACGCCAAGCUCUACCAACUGAGCUACAUCCCUGCCGGCCAUUCCCUCCCCUACCCUGGACGAUGCUGGGCCAAUUGUGCGCCGCCCCAUGGGUCUCCCGGUCGCGGCCGGCUACGACAGAGCCUGGAUUCGAACCAGGAUCUCUAGUGGCACAGCUAGCACUGCGGUGCAGUGCCUUAGACCACUUCGCCACUCGGGAGGUUUUUUGUGAUUAUUUUUGGUAUUCUUUCUUAAAACUGCAUUGUUGGUUAAGGGCUUGUAAGUAAGCAUUUCACUGUAAGGUCUACUACACCUGUUGUAUUCGGCGCAUGUGACAAAUACAAUUUUAUUUUAUUUUAUUCACUAUUAUUCUACAAUGUAAAAAAUAUUAAAAAUAAAGAAAAACCCUUGAAUGAGUAGGUGUGUGCAAACCUUUGACUGGUAUUGUACAUUUAUGGAUGAGCGAUGUCAGAGCGGCAUGGACUAAGAUACAGUAGAAUAGGAUAGAAUACAGUAUAUACAUAUGAGAUGAGUAAUGCAAGAUAUGUAAACAUUAUUAAAGUGGCUAGUGUUCCAUUUCUUAAAGUGGCCAGUGAUUUCUAGUCUGUCUAUAGGCAGCAGCCUGUAAUGUGCUAGUGAUGGCUCCAAACUCAUCUGCCAGCAUGUCCAGCCCAUCCAUUAUAUCAGCCAAUCAUGGCUACCGAGAAGGUUCCUGUCUUUUUCCGUGAUUAAACCAACUCGUAAUUUAACAAUUGUAUUCGUAUUUACAGAUGGUAUACAAGUUUGUUAUUAAGGCACAUGAAAGUUCACGUUCCAGAAGGCAUUUCUGCCAAAAAACACAUUUUGAUAAAAAUAAAUGAAAAAUACGUUCAAAUGCCUCUCCUGUGAAGUAAUGAUGUGCAACAUACGCCUAGCUUUCUGAAACAGGUCACAUAUUGGAUGACUGUCAUUCAUAUUCCAUUCACCCAGCUCAUUGUAACAUUGCUAGGUUUAGGCUACUACAUGAUACUAAAAUUUUCCCUAUACCCAUCAUGAGGUUGCUUCAACCUAGCCUACAAAUGAAAGUUUAUAACGAAGGUGCACAGGUCGAGAGAUAAAUCGGAGUAAUCAAGGUGACAGACAGUGACACAUUCAAUACCGCCUUGCACACUCUCGCCUGCAUCUAGCUGAUCUGGGGUGUAAUCAUUUUUGCAACUAAAACUAGAGUUUCUAUUGGACAAAUUCAGGUAGGUCCUUCCCCAUUUAGUUCAGUUUGCUUCUAUUUAAGAAACAUUUUGCAACAGAAUCGGCGGAAUGAAUACACCCUGAUCACCGACACACACAGUUCACAUUCAUAGCAGCCACAUACAGCAUGAUCACUUUGCUCGUUGUAUAAUUCCUUCUCGCAACUACGCGCUCUCCUCCUCUCACCUUUUCGCUGGUGGACUUCAGUGCACAACACAACAGCUGUCUGUGACCAGGCAAAAAAACCUCUCUAAACCAAACCUUUAUACCAUAGCCGCUAACCGCUACACAGCCUACAUCGUUGUCACCAUAUUAGCAAACGUCAUAGUCAAUAUAGCUACUAGAACUAAUGCGGUAGUAAACCAUGAAUCCAUGGGUACAAUCAAGUAGUAGAGUGUACAGCAAGCAGUUUAACAGUUAAACCGGCAGACCCCGGUGGCAAUAAAUUAAUACAACCGAAAGCUUACCUUGAGUUGGAAGAGUUGCAGUGUUGGAUAACCUUAGCCAGCUAGCUAACAUAAAUAGCAUUCCUCUGUUUAAGGUCAGGUUGUUGAGUAGGCUAAAUUAGCUGCCUUAGCUAAUUAAGGGAAAGGUAAACAAACAAACAAAUAAUCUAUAUUUCUCUCUCUCUCUGCUGCUUUGAGUCAACUACUCAACACACUUUAUGCACCGCAAUGCUAGCUAGCUGUAGCUUAUGCUUUCAGUACUAGAUUCAUUCUCUGAUCCUUUGAUUGGAUGGACAACAUGUCAGUUCAUGCUGCAAGAGCUCUGGUAGGUUGGAGGAUGUCCUCCGGAAGUCGUCAUAAUUACUGUGUAAGUAUAUGGAAGGGGGUGAGAACCAUGAGCCUCCUAGGCUAUGUAUUGAAGUCAAUCUACCCAGAGGAGGAUGGAAAAUAGCUGUCCUCCGGCUACACCAUGGUGCUACCAUAGAGAGUGCUGUUGAGGCUACUGUAGACCUACAUUGCAAAACAGGGUGUUUUAAUCAGUUAUUUGGUGACGUGAAUAUAAUUAGGAUAAUUUUAUCUAAAAAGGAUAACUUUCACUAUUGUUUCACUGUUUUUAUUUUUAUGAAAUUCACUGAGUAGGAUGGUCCUCCCCUUCCUCCUCUGAGGAGCCUCCACUGGCUCACACAUACAGUAAAUACACCUCCAUCUUAGUAUUGUAUUAGUAAUUAUACCCUUUUCUUUACCCCAGUGCAGGUAGCAUUCUCCAGAGUAGGUGGUGUUCUCACACACACAUUAUACCGCUAGUCUACCCCUGUGUUACUCCAGUAUUACUACUACUAGCCUUUCCCCCAGUGCAGUGCAGAGUGGCCUGGCUGUGUCCUGUGAUGGAGGAGCAGAGAGAGACAGAAGACAGAGAUCUUCUUGGGAGCGUUCACCAUUAAUCACAGGCAGUAAUUGGAUCCUGUUUUUAUCAGUAGAGGCGCAACGCACGGCCUCUCUUUCAUCUCCUAAUGCUCUGCCCUGCACGGCCCGGACUCUGCUGCUGCCUGCCAGACUGAUGGUCCACCACUCCUCAUUUCUACAGUUGUCCUAGUCACUGGCCUUAAUCACAUAAAAUGCUUCUGACCACUACACCGACCAUUAUGAGUUAUUCACUUUCCACUUACUCUACCGUAUGGUCGUGACCAAAGUCUCUGUUUUGGAGAAACAAAUUCCGCAAGCCUCACAGCUUUCCUAUGUUUUCAAAUGAUUAUUGCUCUUAAAGAUGGAAAAUCUUGAAGGGAAUGAUGGUAUAAUUGGCUAUGUGGAUGUACCGUGUGGUUAUGUUAGAGAGGGGCAGAUACAUGGAAGGAGAGAGAGAGUGGGAUGGGUGGUUUAAAAGGCGAGGGGGAAAACUGCUAGUGUUAUCUAUGAGAGGAGAUGGGGAUCCUGGGAAUGGCUCCUGUAGUGUAGGGUUCUGUCAUCCGCGACCGUGACUCACUCUGAGCUGCAGUCCAAGCCUGUGAGGUCAUACUGUACCACAGAGUUUAUGUUUUUUUUACUCACAGCCUUUGGAAAUAUCUUUAGCAGAUUUUCAGCUGUCAGAUAUGCUGGAGAUAUAACAUAAACACACUCUCCUUUAUCCAGCCAUAUGUGGCCCUGCCAAGUCCUUCCAUACAGUAGGUUAAUGUGGCCCCACCUGGUCUACUCUGAUUCUUAAUAGCAACCGUCUGACUGAACAGCUUCAUAUCAUUCUACUGAUAAACUCUGCUGGUAAAACUAAACUCCCUCUCCUCUCCUGUGUUUGCAUGUGACGUCCUAGUCUUAAAUAGUAGGUUUAGCUUGAGUGCAAUAACCCCUAAUUUGGGGUGUGAGUAUUUAGGAGAAACUGAGGCAGGCUGGCGAUGGUACACUCUGUAAUUACGUUACCCUGUGAUGUUAAAAAGAGAUUAUUCUGCUGCUGGCUCCCCCAACCCAACGCCAGCUUGCAAUGGAAAUCAGAAACACAGCUAAAGAGGUUAGGUAGGGGAGAGCAAUGUUUUUUUUUCCAUUGGGGUUAACUGCCCCCUAUAGAACAACUCUCCUCCUCCUACCUCUGUCUUUGUUUGUCUACUCUGCCCUUUCCCUUGCUUGAUCUGCUGAAAGGAAUUUCCACAAACUAACUUAACCCAUUACUCUCAAGUUGACACGGAUCAUUUCAUCAUCAGUUUUUGUCUUUGGGGUAGUGUGGGGUAGUGUGGGGCUGUGGGGAGCCUCUAGGCCCUUUAGUUAGGGGAGGGUUAUGGGAGAGGAAAGAUGAGAGGAGCUGAGAGAUGGGUCUGUAAAUGGGAGGUGUGUGUGAGAGGGGUGCCGUGCCGUGGGGGCCUGGUGGGUGUUCCUGGUGUCAGGGUUAGUCAGUGUUUGUCAGCGUUGCAGCCGAGGAGGGGGAUCAUUAAGGAAUCAUUAGGGGCCUCGUGCCUCAGCUGUCUUUAUGGGGCCCGCUCUAAUAGGAGGAGGCAGUGGGGAAGGCCUGGCACCCCUGUCCCUCCCCUUUCCUCGCUCCCCACUUCCCUCCUCUGCUGAUUGAGAAGGAGGAUUUGGGGAUCAUUAGGGGGUUCAUUUAUAGAGUAUGAGCUGGCCCAGCUUGGGGAGAAGGGGGAGGAGGAGGGGGACGAGGGGCUUGGGCAAAAGGGUGUCAAGCCAAAUUAGUGCAAGUACCUCUCUUUCCCCCUGUAUCCACAGACGUCAUAGAACAGCCCAGACCCACAGCCCCUGUGUAUGGGUCUAGCAAGACUACACCAAAUCAAAUUGUAUUCGUCACAUGCUUCGUAAACAACAGGUGUAGACUAACAGUGAAAUGCUUACUUACCACCACAGACAUUAGCCUAGCUCCACAUAAAGAAGAGUCUGUUUCCUCCAGUCUCAUUGUGCUAGGCUCAGCCCCUGGUGGUGGUAGUGUAGCAGCCACUCUAACCUGCAUGUGGUCCAUCUAUCCUGGUGUGCUGUAACGACACACAGCCAGCCUGUCUCUCCUCUCCUGGGCCCAGUGAGUCAGAACUGCUCUACACCGAUGCACUUAGCCGUGAAUCAUGGGAGACGUACGGCUGAGAACAGCUAAUGGGCCAUGACCAGCCUGGAGAGGGAAACAGGGAUGUGUGUGUGGGUGUGUUUGUGUGUUUGUGUGUGUGUGUGUGUGUGUGUGUGUGUGUGUGUGUUAUCAUUAGCUAAACAAAAGAAAGCGCACACAAAAAGGCUAUAAGCCUCAGCAUCAGACAGUAAAGUAUCUCACAAUAGCAAUCACUAAAUGGACUAUAGGAGUGUGGAUUGUGGAGGUGAAUGUAUGUUAUAUUGUCAAGUGAUUUGUCCCAUUGUCCGCAGUGCAGGCAGGUUGGUAUGAGCCAUCUAGCUUCAGGCUGCUACUGGGAGAUUAAUUGCUCUUAAUUUGAUUGUUGUAGCACACAGCCUUAUCUAAUCAGCAGAUGUGUGUGUGUGUGUAUGUAUGUGUGUGUUUGUGUAUGUUUCAUGUCCUGUGGCUGUGUUUUGUGAGUUAGAAGGUUACGGUGUAAUGGUGUAUUUACUGAUUUUGCCCCACCCCCCAAGAUACUAUUGACCCAAAAUGUAGUCUUGGGGCAGACUCCCUGGAAAAUACUGUGUGUGUGUGUGUGUUUUUGGUUUUACUAUCCUUGUGGGGACCAGAAGUCCAUUUUGCCAAUCCCCUCAAGGAAAAAGGCUAUUUUAGGCUUAGGUGUUAGGUUUAGGGUUAGGAUUACAAUUGGGGUUAGGGUUAGAAUUAGGGUUAGGAGUUAGAGUUAGGUUUGAGGUUAAGGUUAAGGGUUAGGGUUAGGGGUUAGGAAAAUAUGAUUUUGAAUGGGAAUCAAUUGUUUGGUCCCCACAAGGAUGUGUUGUAAAGUGGAGGGUUGGUAAAGGCGUAUUUGUUUGUGUGAGUGUUUGCUCUGCAUUUGCUGCACUGUAGGUGAUGCAGCAAUGUGUCUCCCCCAGUGGAGCACUUGGAGUGCUGUCAGAGAGAUGAAUGAGUGCCGUUAUAUUGACUACUGCUCUCUGCUCUCUGCUUCGCCACAGCCUCAUCCCUCCAUCCCUCUCUCCUUCAUCUCUUCUCCUCUUCUCUCCUCUCUGCCCCAUGCUCCAUUUCUCCCCUCUCCUUCCCGAUCUUUCUUCACUAGUUCACCCUCCCUUUCUCUUUCCCACACUCCCUUCCUCAGCUACCUCACAUCUCCUUCCUCUACUUCCCCUCCACUCUGUCUCUCUCUUUUUAUCUCCUUUCUCUCUCUCUCCCACAUCCACCAAUUUCUCUCCCUCCUUUCGCUUCUCUCUCCAGUUGACAGAUCUUCAGACCCUCUCUUUACGUUAUGA